AUGGAUGUAAGUGAUCGUGCGCGUGUGCAAAAGUCCAUACAGUCUCUCCUUUCUCAAGGGGAGAGCAUUGAUAUUUUAAUCAAUAAUGCUGGUGGUGGAAAGGUGACACCAAUUUUUGAAGAUUCAGAUGACAGAGACUUUCAUGACAUGUUUCAUGUGAAUGUUCUCGGUGUAUGGAUAUGCAGCUUCGAAAGCAUCAGUGAUCAGAUGACUAAAACAUUGGUGGGCGAACUGUCACCGCAUCAUAUUCGUAUUAACUGCAUUAAUCCUGGGCUUUUCCAUACACCUUUAACAAACUAUAAGCUUGAUACUCCGUCAAAGCGCCAAGAGAUGUUAGAUUUGAUGCCCCUUGGCUACAUUCCAAAUCCUGAAGAUCUGGAUGCGGCCAUACUGUAUUUUGCUUCUAAUAAAGCGUCUCAGGUUCCAUUCUCACUGUUGAUGGUGGUAUCAGCUGGG